ACAUCUCACUAGCACUGCCCAUGAGUUCCGACCGACAUUGACACCGGCUAGCCGGGACACUGUCUUCUUGUACCUGGACUGAGGAUCCUCUUGUUGAUAUCGCAAAUCUCAUGCUUACUCCUGCUCGCAUCCACGUAUGGCCUCCCAUCGCUCAUCCGUACCUUGAAAUCCGCAUUCGAUGCGUGACUUAUAACGCCAGGCGCGCACCAUCGCGGUCUCAUCGGCACACCUGUCCUGGAUUACCUUCGAUGGCGAAGACGGUAUUACAUCUCCUUUCCGGUGUCUCAGAGGCCAUCCAGGCUGUGUUGACUCUCGGCAGCUUUGCAUCAAGCGUCAUCGUGCGUGUGCCUGCCACCCUGGUGUGCUACUGUAGCAACAGUUAGCUCUCGGCCCUGGUCACCGUGGGCUCAUGUUUCCUAUAGUGCGGAGCUAUCUCGCCUCCGACACAUUCUCUGGCUGAUAUAGCAUUCCUGACAUGA